GCGACAACAAAACGGAGCAGGCGCAGUAGAGCAAAGUCUUAUGAAACCGGCGAAAAAGGCGAGUGAGAGAGCAUAGACGGUGCAGUCACCUAUCAACUUGGUAAAAUGAUCAUAUCUGUCGGAAUGACAUAAACCUCACCGCCGCUGAGCCUCUUAGAGUUGAUUAUGGCCCCGAAUUCCAUCCACUGGUUCCGGAAGGGUCUGCGACUCCAUGACAACCCGGCGCUCCGCGAAGCAGUGCGGGGGGCGGGCACAGUACGAUGUGUCUACUUCCUAGAUCCAUGGUUCGCUGGUUCCUCCAACCUUGGGGUCAACAGAUGGAGGUUCCUCUUACAGUGCCUGGAAGAUCUUGACGCCAGCCUCCGCAAGCUCAACUCCCGACUCUUUGUCGUCCGUGGCCAGCCUGCCAACGUCUUUCCCCGUCUCUUUAAGGAGUGGAAGAUCUCCCGGCUUACCUUCGAGUACGACUCGGAGCCCUUUGGCAAGGAGCGGGAUGCUGCCAUCAAGAAGCUGGCGAUGGAGGCCGGGGUGGAAGUCUGCGUCAAAACCUCACACACCCUCUACGAUCUGGACAGGGUGAUCGAGCUCAAUGGCGGGCAGCCCCCCCUCACCUACAAGCGUUUCCAGACCCUGAUCAGCCGCAUGGACCCCCCCGAGCCCCCCGUGGAGCCGCUGUGUGCCUCUUUCAUGGGGCGCUGCGUCACGCCCGUCGCUGACGACCACGGAGACAAGUACGGCGUGCCCUCGCUGGAAGAGCUAGGGUUCGACACGGAAGGCCUCCCAUCUGCCGUGUGGCCGGGGGGCGAGACGGAGGCCCUGACCAGGAUAGAGAGGCACCUCGAGAGGAAGGCUUGGGUGGCCAACUUCGAGAGACCCAGAAUGAAUGCCAACUCGCUGCUGGCCAGCCCCACCGGCCUCAGCCCCUACCUGCGCUUCGGCUGUCUGUCCUGCCGCCUCUUCUACUUCAAACUCACCGAUCUCUACCGCAAGGUGAAGAAGAACAGCUCCCCGCCCCUCUCGCUUUACGGCCAGCUGCUCUGGCGCGAGUUCUUCUACACCGCCGCCACGACCAACCCGCGCUUCGACAAGAUGGAGGGCAACCCCAUCUGCGUGCGCAUCCCCUGGGACCGCAACCCCGAGGCGCUGGCCAAGUGGGCCGAGGCCAAGACCGGCUUCCCCUGGAUCGACGCCAUCAUGACCCAGCUGCGGCAGGAGGGCUGGAUCCACCACCUGGCCCGCCACGCCGUGGCCUGCUUCCUGACCAGGGGGGACCUGUGGAUCAGCUGGGAGGAGGGCAUGAAGGUGUUUGAGGAGCUGCUGCUGGACGCAGACUGGAGCGUGAACGCGGGCAGCUGGAUGUGGCUCUCCUGCAGCUCCUUCUUCCAGCAGUUCUUCCACUGCUACUGCCCCGUGGGCUUCGGUCGCCGCACCGACCCCAACGGCGACUUCAUCAGACGAUAUUUACCUGUUCUCAGAGGUUUCCCCGCCAAGUACAUCUACGACCCCUGGAACGCCCCGGAUUCGGUGCAGGCGGCUGCCAAGUGCAUCAUCGGCAUCCACUACCCCAAGCCCAUGGUGAACCACGCAGAGGCCAGCCGCCUGAACAUAGAGAGGAUGAAACAGAUCUACCAGCAGCUGUCCCGCUACAGGGGACUAGGUUUGCUGGCCUCAGUGCCGACCAAUCAUAACGGGAAUGGGAACGGCGCCAUGAUGGCGUACUCUCCUGGGGAGCAGCAGACUGGGACCUCAGCAACAGCCACGACAGGUGUAUCGGGGAGUAAGGUUGCCAGUGGCAACGGUAGCGGCAGCAUUUUAUUAAACUUUGACAGUGAGGAUCAGCCGGGACCAAGUAGAGUGCAGCAGCAUGGCUUCCCCACUGUGGCGGAUCCAGCCCACCGUCUCCAGCAGCCCGGCAGUGCACACGAGUUUGCUGUGCCACAGCACCCAGGCCGUCUGAGUCACCCCGGGGGGAAGAGGGAGCUGGAGUCGGAACGUGAGCCUGGAGGGGAAGACGAAACACGGGGCUCCUCACGCAAAAUACCACGACAAAACACUGAGAGGAGCUAGGGUCUGCAGGAGGAUCGGUCCGCACCUCACCAAGUCCCUGCUCAGCACGGACGCAAGGCGCACCAGGAAGACACAGAUCCACAAGAUCCACUUUUCUACCUUAAUUUUACUGAGAAUACUUGCAUUUCUUAUUCUGUGCCGAUUGUGUAUACAGUUUCUUAAGAUUCAACCUUUUGUGCCCCAUGUGAAUCUCGAGAAGAUUUCACGGUCACAUUCAAAGGUGUAAAUGUGAGAGUGGCUAAGCUUUGGAUGGUUGGGUGAAAACACUUGGGGGUUCAGCUCGAAGAGAAUUGGGGGUGUUAGUGGGCAGAUAGUGGGCUGGUGGCAGAGCUGACUGGGUCACUUUAAGAUGAGUGAGGUCAUCAGGGUCAGAGGUCAGUCUGAACCCCACCACUCUGCAGCACCCCUCUCUCCCUUUCCCCCUCGCCAGUUCUGUUCCUCUGGGUUCGAACCCAGGGCAGCUGUAACCUGCAAGCCUAUAGGAGACAACUUGCAUCAAAGCAACAUGCUUUUAGCCCUUAUCAGAAGUUAGUUCACUUUCCCUUUCAUGCUGGGCAAACCUUGGCCCCUGGGACACUGUGUGGAAUGUACCGGGAUGAUGGGCAGCUUCUCUCAGAAGGGUCAUUAGCAUUUUAGUCUUUUUUUCCCCAUGUGCUAGGAACAAAACCACCCCAAAAAAAAUCAAGAAAUAUUAAAAAAUAAGCACCUUAAUUCCCAUGUACGUUCUUAUGACCGCUGCUUUUGUAAAAGCAGAGACCACAGAAUGCGCGUAGGAGUAAGCUGCUUAUUAUCAGCUGGUAACUUACCGGCGCCCCCUUACUGGUCCAGUAGCACACUGCAGUAAUACCAGGAGUUCAGUUCUGGUUUUUUUCCUCGUCAUAGCUCCUAGUGCCCAAGUCUUUUUUUUAAUUGUACUGGCUACAUAUUGACUCGCAUUACAUCGUGAUUGUGUCCACUUAGUAUGAGCUCAUGCAAGUGUUUUUGUACAUAAAAAUACAUCUUAAUUAUUAUAUAUAUAUAUUUUGAUACUGCAUAGGCUAUAUGUGAUUUUGUAGAUUAGCUUCAUCACUGUCGCAGACAUGAAGGAACUGCAGCUGCUGACCGGGAAGGGAAGGGGUUCCGUACAUGUCCGCAUUGGAACAGCCUGGGCAGCAUUAACACUCGAUUAUUACUGUCUGAAGGAACAGUGAGGAAAGUGCAGUUACUGUACCGCCAGCGAAGCCGCUAACAAAAGACUCCGGACGAUUACACUUUUCUAAUAUCCCAGCCAUCAGCGUUCUGACCUGGAUAAAAAUGGUUUGUGAUGCGUUUUCCCUCCCGGGAGCAACUGGUGGGCGAUGGUGGGCUCGAGGCUGUUCGGAGAUUUAGCCAGCAGCUGCUCCGCGGUCAGGCAUGAAGGUUGUUUUGCGUCACGGGCUCUGUGAGGUCUCGUUAUGUUUCCCAGCAGUCUGUUUCUCCCCGUUUCGCGCCCCCGUCCAAAGCUGGCAACUCGUUCUCGCCUUUCUCCGAAAGGCCGUUUGCUGUUCGUGUUCAUGCGGAAGCACAAGAGAACAGAAGCUUCCUGAAAAAAAAAACUGUUAUUCAUAUUAAUACUGUGGUCAAAUACUCAUGAGUGAUACAAAGUGUCAACGAGAGCCAAGGGAAUGCAAAAAAAAAAAAAAAACGUUGUCUGUACAUUUUACAAA